AUUAUGAAGAAUUGCGUAUCUUUGUCUGUCUGUAUGUUAGAAAUAGAAGUAUUUAGAAGAAGAUGAAGAAGAAGUGGUUGUUUCCUGUUUCCUGUUUCUCUCUUUAUAUAUAUCUAUAUGUAUGUUUCAUUCUCUCUGUCUCUUUCUCUCUCUACAAUCAUGAUGAAAUACGAUCUGCAUACAGCACUCCAAAAAAGCAAAGCCAACCGUAAUCAAAACCUUCACUUCCUUAAAUUUACUUGUCUUAACAAAAUGCGUUUCUCAACCAUUACCACCUCUUCAAUUCCUAAACCAUGAAUUUUCUUUCCCUUUCUUCAUUUUUCAUUUUCUUGAUAGUAGUUAGAAUUUCAUUAGUCUUCUCCACCACCGCCACCGCCGCAGCCACCGCUUCUGCGCCGUCUCUCCAACUUAUCUCCCUUCUUUCAAUCAAAUCAUCCCUCAAAGACCAUCUCAACACAUUCCAAGAUUGGGACCCCUCGACUGCCUUCUCCAGGCCUGGAUUCCAGCCCAUAUGGUGCACCUGGUCAGGAGUCAAAUGUGACCAUAAAUCCAACCAAAUCACGAAUUUGGACCUCUCAGGGAGAAGCCUUUCAGGCACCAUACCAACUGAUAUUAAAUACUUGUCUCAUUUGCACCACUUGAAUUUAAGUAAAAAUUGCCUGGAUGGUCCUCUUCAGCCUGCCAUUUUUGAAUUGCCAAACCUCAAAACACUUGACAUUAGUCACAAUUUGUUCAAUUCAACUUUCCCACCUGGAAUUUCAAGACUAAAGUCUCUUACUUUCUUUAAUGCAUAUAGCAACAAUUUCACAGGCCCUUUGUCUGAUGAACUCGUUUUUCUCAAGAAUCUCGAGUACCUCAACCUCGGAGGGAGCUAUUUUAAUGGUACAAUCCCCACAAGUUUUGGCAGCUUUUUGAAAUUGAAAUCUCUGUACUUGCAAGGAAAUGCCUUGAUAGGUCCAAUUCCUGCUGAGUUAGGCUUCUUGAGUCAGCUAGAGCAUUUAGAAUUGGGAUACAACGUGUACUCUGGUGGAAUUCCAGUGCAGAUUUCUGGUUUAUCAAAUUUACUAUAUCUUGAUAUCUCAACAGCCAAUUUAUCAGGCAAGAUUCCAGCUGAGUUGAGCAAAUUGAAUAAGUUGGAAACAUUGCUGCUUUUCAGGAAUCACUUUUCAGGUUCAAUUCCGGUGAGUAUAGCUCAAUUGCAAUCUCUCCAGGUUCUUGAUUUAUCAGAUAAUAACCUGUCAGGCGAAAUCCCGAGUGAAUUUUCGGAAUUAAAACAGCUAUACAAUCUGUCGUUGAUGCGCAACAAUUUGACAGGUGAAAUUCCUGAAGGUAUAGGAGAACUUCCCAACCUUGUAAACUUAUUUCUCUGGAACAAUUCACUUUCAGGAAUUUUACCACAAAAAUUAGGCUCAAAUGCAAAGUUACAAAGACUUGAUGUCUCUACAAAUUCACUGUCUGGACCAAUCCCUCCAAAUCUUUGCCUGGGCCAAAACCUGAUAAAACUCGUUCUUUUCGCAAAUCAAUUCAUUGGUGAACUACCUUCAUCUCUGGCAAAUUGCACGGCUUUAACGCGUUUCAGGAUUCAAAACAACAAGCUUAACGGGUCGAUACCUUUUGGAUUCGGCUUCCUGCCUAAUCUCACAUACGUCGAAUUAAGCAACAAUAAAUUCUCAGGGCCAAUUCCAAAGGAUCUUGGCAAUGCUCCAAAGUUGGAGUUCUUGGACAUAUCGGGCAACUCGUUCAGUUCUGCAUUGCCUGAUACCAUCUGGAGCGCCCCAAGUCUGCAGAUUUUCCUGGCUAGUUCUGCCAAACUCAAUGGCAUUAUUCCAGACUUCAUUGGUUGUCGAAGUUUCUACAAGAUUUAUUUAGAUGGAAAUGAUCUUAGUGGUAGCAUUCCAUGGGACAUUGGCCAUUGUGAAAAACUCAUUUUCUUCAAUUUACGUCGAAAUUCGCUUACAGGAAUUAUUCCAUGGGAGAUUUCUUCACUUCCCUCCAUCACUGAUGUUGAUUUAUCACACAAUUUUCUCACAGGGGCAAUUCCCUCGAAUUUCAAUAAUUGUAGCACCUUGGAGAAUUUCAACGUGUCAUAUAAUCAGCUCACAGGACCUAUCCCCUCCUCAGGAUCGGCGUUUUCGAUUCUCCAUCCAUCCUCGUUUUCCGGGAAUGAAGGGCUUUGUGGAGGCAUUCUUAAGAGGCCUUGCCGGAAAGAUGGAUUAGCUGCUGGGGCGAUGGAGGUCCGGCAGCAGCCUAAGAAGACUGCGGGUGCAAUUGUUUGGAUCAUGGCUGCAGCAUUUGGCAUUGGAUUGUUCAUACUAGUUGUUGGUAGCAAGUGUUUCCAAGCUAAAUAUGGCCACAAAUUUUGCGAUGAUCGAGACGAAGGGCCAUGGAAAUUGACAGCAUUUCAAAGACUGAAUUUCACGGCCGACGAUGUAUUGGAGUGUCUAAACAUGACCGAUAAAGUCCUUGGGAUGGGGUCCGCCGGGACCGUGUACAAGGCCGAUAUGCCAGGUGGCGAGACCAUAGCUGUCAAGAAGCUAUGGGGGAAGAACAAGGACAUGACUAGGAAAAGGAGGGGAGUGUUGGCUGAGGUGGAAGUUUUAGGCAAUGUGAGACAUCGAAACAUUGUUCGAUUGUUAGGAUGUUGUAGCAACAAUCAAUGUACCAUGUUUCUCUACGAGUACAUGCCUAAUGGAAACUUGGAUGAUUUGUUGCAUUGCAAAAACAAGGGCGAUAAUUUGGUGGCCGAUUGGCUCACUAGGUACAAAAUUGCACUAGGGGUCGCUCAAGGAAUAUGUUAUCUUCAUCAUGAUUGUGAUCCAGUGAUUGUGCACCGCGAUCUCAAACCUAGUAACAUACUUUUAGAUGGAGAGAUGGAGGCUCGUGUGGCUGAUUUUGGGGUGGCAAAGCUAAUUCAUAGAGAUGAAUCAAUGUCAGUAAUUGCUGGAUCUUACGGUUACAUAGCCCCAGGUAUCAUUUAUGUCUCCUCGACUUGUUGUGAUUAUUAUUAUUUUUUUUUCAAGAAAUUAACUAUGAAUUGUAUUAGUUAUUUGCAACUUUAGUCAUGCCCUAAUAAC